UCGAAUCUGGAAAGUGAAAUGUGCAAGCAGUUCAUGGCCUACACAAGGAAUGAAGGAUUUUGGCAUUUGUUUUGGAGCCUGUGCAUGUGUCCUUGAAGAUAAUUGGUAUGGUGUCUGUCGUCUAAAAUUAUUGGCGUUACGGGCAAUUGGUUGCUGCUCGACUGCUACGUAGAUUCUACAUGAUUGUUUCAGUUCUCCGCUCCGUAGGCUUCUGACUGAUAUGCUGCAGAAAUGUUCUUAUGGUUAUACUUAUAGGCAAUUGAUUUUCUGACCCUGAAAGCAAUGUAUUUAGGAUUGCGGAGGAACGGUUACUGUGAAUAGUAGUCCGUCCAUACAGGAGACCUUCCGCCUGUUCGACUGAAGUUGUUCUAAAAGUCGUAGUGAUUAAUAGUGGUGAUAUCCAUUGGCUACAACUCCAGUAGCCAUGGAGGAUUUGGUUGCAAAUGUCGAUGACUAUGAGUUUGAUAUCGAGUAUGCACUGGAUAAGCAGCAGGGAGCACAGCUCUUGCCUUUCUCAGGAAUGGACAAGUCUGGUGCUGCAGUGUGCUCGUUCUUCAUGGUCGACAACUGUACGCGCGGUGGACAAUGUCCAUUCCGACAUACUAGAGCUAGCGAGAAGCCUGUUGUUUGCAAACAUUGGCUAAGAGGACUCUGCAAGAAAGGAGAUGGCUGUGAAUUCUUGCAUGAGUAUGACAUGUCCAAGAUGCCAGAGUGCUUCUUCUAUUCCAAAUUUGGCGAGUGUAACAACAAGGAAUGCCAGUACUUGCACUUAGACGCUGACAGCAAGCUGCGGGACUGUGCAUGGUAUGACCGGGGAUUCUGCAAGCACGGACCUACUUGUCGAAAUCGGCACGUGCGGCGAAUCAUUUGCCAGAACUACAUCAACGGAUUUUGUCUUGAUGGAAAGCUUUGCAAACGUGUGCAUCCUAAGUUUGACAAGCAGCCGAUGGCGCAGAACAUGGGCAGCCGGCAGUAUAACAUCCUCGUCUGCCACCUGUGCGGAAUGCCUGGUCAUAAAGCAUCCAGCUGCACUUCCCGUUCACAGUCUCAAACGUCAACCAACACGACAGCAACAAGUUCGCAGACAACGAGUAGACCUCUGGAAUCGGUUACUUGCUUCAAGUGUGGUGAGAAGGGGCAUUAUGCAAAUCGGUGCCCUUUGAGCUCUACGUAUCAGAUGCAGUUAGCCAGUGGUAUGGCGUAGUCCACCAUGCAGCUUGCGUUCUCUGUGGAACAACCCCCCCCCCCCCCCCCUGAUGCCGACCAAGUUCUACCGGGAAGUGAAGCUGAAGUCCGCAGCGGAGUAAGCAUUACGCAGAUGCGGCACUGAAAGGAUUGUAUCGCACGUCGCUGGAGAUCUUGACCGCUGUUGAGAACAGUGACAAUUUUGGGCAGCUCAUCUCGUUUGUCUCGGCAUUUAGUUGGGACUCUCAGCCCAGCUACUCAGUUCUUGGGGGACUGUCAGCCCAGCUACUCAGUUCUAGCUAGACGGACUCUUAGUCAGUCGUGCACUUGUGUCUGAGUUUUGUUUGCUGAGUGUCGUGUUUUUGUUCGUUUUCUUCACUGCACAUUAUCUGUAUUAAAAACAAUUUAAAUUUGAUUCAUGUCUUGCGGUGUUCUUAUAAUAGCGCCAGCCUAUUCUGCUGGCGCUUUCUUCAUGAAAAGAAUUAUAAAGCUGCAUGUUUAUAUGGCUAAAAGUGUUGCUGGUGUACAUAUACAUGCUGUUCGUAAUUAUAGCAAAUGAUUAUUGUUAUGAGUAUGCCUUCCUGCUGCAUGCAUUGCUCUUUAGUUGCUGGAUAUAUCAUACGCUCUGCUCAUUGCCAUUGGUGCUGUCAUAAGCUAUGUAACGUUACUUGAUCACGAAAUGCAGAAUUGUCAAAAGUGUGGACCUUCCCCCCGCCGAUUGUUCGUUUUCCAUGCUUCGACUUUGUGACCCUACCAGUACUCAGUCAUGUAUAUAUAGGAUUGCAGAGCGUGCAGUCAGUA